GGGAGGAGCGCGGCGGAGGCGGCGGGCGCGGGCCGGGGCCUGCCCCGGGCCUGCCGAGCGCCCGCCAUGGAGCCCGAUGUGUCCGAGGAGGAGGAGGGCUCGUCCGUGGAGGGCGCCGGUGCCCCCCCGGAGGCCGGCGCGGGGGGCCUGGACGCGGCAGGAGGUCUGGCACCGAAGAGGGCAGCCGUCAGUGAGGGAUCAUCACUACCGGGACAGCCUGGCCAAGGGAAGAAGAUUGGUCAUCGAAGCGUUGAUGCCUCUGGUGAAACCACCUACAAAAAGACCACCUCAUCCACUCUGAAGGGGGCCAUCCAGCUGGGGAUUGGGUACACUGUUGGCAAUCUGAGCUCCAAGCCAGAGAGAGAUGUUCUGAUGCAGGACUUCUAUGUGGUGGAAAGCAUCUUUUUCCCAAGUGAAGGAAGCAAUCUGACUCCAGCUCACCAUUAUGCUGACUUCAGGUUCAAGACCUAUGCACCUGUGGCUUUUCGGUACUUCCGAGAACUCUUUGGGAUUCGUCCAGAUGAUUAUUUGUAUUCCCUGUGUAAUGAACCUCUGAUAGAGCUGUCAAACCCUGGUGCCAGUGGUUCUCUCUUCUACGUCACCAGCGACGAUGAAUUCAUCAUCAAAACUGUGAUGCACAAAGAAGCUGAAUUCUUACAGAAGCUCCUUCCUGGCUACUACAUGAACCUGAACCAGAACCCCCGGACACUGCUACCAAAGUUUUAUGGACUCUACUGUGUGCAGUCAGGGGGCAAAAACAUCCGUGUGGUCGUGAUGAACAACAUCCUGCCUCGUGUGGUGAAAAUGCACCUGAAGUUUGACCUGAAAGGCUCCACCUAUAAACGCCGGGCAUCCAAGAAGGAAAAAGAAAAGUCCAGCCCUACAUACAAGGAUCUAGACUUCAUGCAAGACAUACCCGAGGGCCUGAUGUUGGAUGCAGACACCUUCACUGCACUGGUGAAAACAUUGCAACGUGACUGUCUGGUGCUGGAAAGCUUUAAAAUCAUGGACUACAGCCUCCUGCUUGGGGUUCAUAACAUAGACCAGCAAGAACGGGAGCAGCAGUCUGAGGGAGCCCACAGCACGUCAGAUGAGAAGCGUCCCGUGGGGCAGAAGGCACUUUACUCCACAGCCAUGGAGUCCAUCCAGGGUGGGGCUGUCCGGGGGGAGUCCAUAGACACAGAUGACGCGAUGGGAGGAAUCCCAGCAGUGAAUGGCAAAGGAGAGCGUCUCUUGCUCCAUGUAGGAAUAAUAGAUAUCCUUCAAUCAUACAGGUUCAUCAAGAGGCUAGAACAUACCUGGAAGGCCCUUGUCCAUGAUGGGGACACGGUGUCUGUGCACAGGCCCAGCUUCUACGCAGAGAGGUUCUUCAAAUUCAUGACCAACACAGUGUUCCGAAAGAAUUCCUCUCUGAAGUCAUCUCCCUCAAAGAAAGGGCGCAGUGCCUUGCUGGCUGUCAAGACUGCUGGUCCAACAGCUGCAUUUUCAGCUAGCCAGCUUCCCUCUGAAAAGGAUGAGACACAGUAUGACCUUCGUGCAGCCCGGAGCUACCCCACGCUUGACGAUGAAGCAGGCAGGCCAGAUCUGCUACCCUGCACACCUCCUUCCUUUGAAGAAGCUACCACAGCUUCCAUAGCCACAACACUGUCUUCAACAUCUCUCUCUGUUCCCGAGCGAUCGCCUUCGGAGACCUCUGAGCAGCCCAGAUACAGAAGGCGUACACACUCUUCAGGGCAGGAUGGCAGGUCACACGAGGAGGUGAGGGUUGAGGAGGAGCUUCAGCAGAUCAGUGUCGAGCUGGAGCCCAAGUGUGAUGUUGAGAUUGUAGCUCCCGAUGAAGAUGACAAAGAAGAGGCGGCUUCUUCAGCCUGUGCCAUUGUCACAUCCACAGCUACUAUAGAGGUAGAGACAGCCAGCCAGGCCUCAGAACCAGCCAGCCAGGCCUCGGAACCAGCCAGCCAGGCCUCGGAUGAAGAUGAUGUGCCAGUCACAGACAUAUACUUUUAAUCUCUAUGCAGACACAGAAGCCCCAGAGAGCAGCGAUUCCCUCUGCAGGUCGAUGUGUUCCCUUUUUGUUGAUGCAGCCAUUCCAGUGGGAUGGGGAAGAGCUUGCUGACACCAACCAGUAUUGCUGCACGGCAGGAUCCCGGGCACUGCAUUUCAGAACGGAGCAAAACUAUAACCGUGUCUUUCUACUUAUCCCAGACGUGGGCAGCAAAGGAAACCACCCGCAGCUCCUGAGGGAGGCAGCAGUGGGGUGUAGAGAAUCCUGAGUAGUAAUACAGUGUUUUCCAGACGUGCACUACCGUAGCUACCUAUCCAUGUGUGAUACUGUGAACCUUUUUAAGUUUUUAACCAUGUAUUUAUUUCUUUUACCUUUGCACAGAGACAGCACAAAUGUGCUUUUUUAAACAUUUAGUUUACUGCACUCUCCCCCCCCCCCUUUUUUUGUUUCUUUUCUUUUCCUGUCAUAUAUUUGUGCAUCAGAAAGGAGUGUGAGACCUCACUGGAGAACUGGUAGGAGCACGUUGCUGGGGAGGGCAGGGACCGGAGUGGCUUCACUGGAGACAGCAGCAUGGUCUGACCGAUUGAUGGAGUCGGGAGGUUUAAGGCUGUCCAGACUCUGCCACGGUUUUGCCGAGUGAUCUAAGGCAAGUCACUUGACCGCUCUGUGCCUCGGUUUCCCCCGUGAUAAGGGGUGCACAGUACCCACUUCCGUUAAAGCACUUAAACCCUGGGAUGAAAGGUGCUAUGAAAAUGCAAUGUAUUAAAGGCCAUGGAAUAGAAUCACUCCCAUGUUCCACUAGUCCAAAGUGGCCAUGCCAAUUUUCCUGGAUUAAAACGUCGCCGGUGACUUCUCUCAAUCUGUGCCACUGUGUGGGGGCAGCAGGAGCAAUCCUGGACCGAUCCAAGGGACAGUGAUGUCACCUCAGCUCUCCUCUGGCUGUGUGCUGGGUUCUGCCUUCACCACGUGCUGCACGGCUGCAUCACCCCUCACUCUGUGCUCUGAGUCCCAACGCUUCAUCUGAACUGACUGCCGCACCGGACACACUGGCACGGACAGAUGUGCACCUCUGGGGACCAGCUGUGCCUGGGCCAGACACUGCAUCCCACUGGAGCCACUUAGCACCUUGCAUGUUCAUGGGUGUACUCAGAGGGUGGGGGGGGCACAACCAUUGCGUUCACAUAGAUCAGCUGUACCUCAGGGUGGUCAGCAAGGCACUGGAGGCGGAAUGUGAGCUUGGCUCUGUCACCAAAUGCCAUGUUCAUGGGCUCUGGUGAUGACUGGGA